AUGCCCUCCAGGGUCCUCGGCAUCACUCGUCUUGCUCUUGAAGCCGUCCUCCCCGCGGAAUUCGAACCUAGUGACCUAGCACUUGCCGAUGAUGAAGACGUCGACUGCGACGCCUCCGACACAAAUGAAUCGCUGGAGGCUGGAGACGCUGGUGAUAAUACCACAGAUACAGAUUCCGGAAUGGACGUCAGCGAUAAGAAAUUCUGUGUUAGAGACAGUACUGGCUUCGACAUCCCUUUGCAACCCCUGGAGCUACCAGACGUCCAUGAUUUUGGAGAUCGUGAGGAUCCGAUUGUCUUAGCCUCCACCGUAUGCGAGGAGGACAUUCGCCAAGCUCUAGCCCAAGUGGCCAGUGUGGCUCCGCCAGGCCAUUGUGUGAUGCAAGACAAGACCGACUGGGUGAGGACUCUGGCACGUAUUCCUCCGUCUAGAUACUGA